AUGAAUCUCCUCGACCCAUACCUGAAGAUGACAGAAGAACAGGAGAAGUGUCACUCCGACGCUCCCAGCCCCAGCAUGUCUGAGGACUCCGCGGGCUCGCCUUGUCCGUCCGGUUCCGGCUCGGACACCGAAAACACCCGGCCGUCCGACAACCAUCUCAUCAGGGGUCCGGACUACAAGAAAGAGGGCGAAGAAGAGAAGUUCCCCGUGUGCAUUAGAGACGCGGUGUCCCAGGUGCUCAAGGGCUACGACUGGACUCUGGUGCCAAUGCCAGUGCGCGUGAACGGCUCGAGUAAAAGCAAACCUCACGUCAAAAGGCCCAUGAACGCGUUCAUGGUGUGGGCUCAGGCAGCUCGGAGGAAACUGGCCGAUCAAUACCCGCAUUUGCACAACGCAGAGCUUAGCAAAACUCUUGGAAAACUUUGGAGGCUUCUUAAUGAGGUGGAGAAGCGGCCGUUUGUGGAGGAGGCUGAGCGACUGAGGGUGCAGCACAAGAAGGAUCACCCCGACUACAAGUAUCAGCCCAGGCGGAGAAAAUCUGUCAAGAAUGGUCAAAGUGAAGCCGAGGACAGUGAGCCGACUCACAUCUCUCCAAAUGCGAUCUUCAAAGCGCUGCAGCAGGCCGACUCUCCUGCGUCCAGCAUGGGCGAGGCGCACUCCCCAGGAGAACAUUCAGGUCAGUCACAGGGACCACCAACACCCCCAACGACCCCCAAGACAGAUCUUCCUACCAGCAAGGCUGACCUGAAGCGAGAGGGCCGCCCUGUUCAGGAGGGCACCAGCCGCCAGCUCAAUAUAGACUUUGGCGCCGUGGACAUCGGUGAGCUGAGCAGUGACGUCAUCUCCAACAUCGGCAGCUUCGACGUCGACGAGUUUGAUCAGUACCUGCCCCCUCACAGCCACGCCGGGAUGACCGGCACGGCCCAGACGGGCUACUCCAACAACUACGUCCUCAACAGCUCCGCAGUUGGCCAGACAGCCAACGUUGGAGCCCACGGCUGGAUCCCCAAGCAGCAGCAGCAUUCUUUGGCCACCCUGGGUGGGGGUGGAGACCAAAGCCAGCAGGGUCAACAGAGAACCACUCAGAUCAAGACGGAGCAGCUGAGCCCCAGCCACUACACCGAGCAGCAGAGCUCCCCGCAGCACGUCAGCUACGGCUCCUUCAACCUGCAGCACUACAGCACCUCCUCCUACCCCUCCAUCACAAGAGCACAGUAUGACUAUUCAGACCACCAAAACAGUGCCAACUCCUACUACAGCCACGCAGCCGGCCAGGGCUCCAACAUGUACUCCACCUUCAGCUACAUGAGCCCCAGCCAGAGGCCAAUGUACACCCCGAUCGCUGACAGUACUGGGGUGCCAUCUGUGCCGCAGACCCACAGUCCACAGCACUGGGAGCAGCAGCCCAUAUACACACAACUGUCCAGACCAUGAGGAGGCGGACUGAGCACUGACUGUGUAACUCCACCCCUCCAUGCACCCCUCAUUGCCAACAGAAAAACAUAAAAAAAAUAAUUUUUUUAUAGUUCUGAAAAUAUAUCUUUGGAUUGGCUCACAACAGUGCCUUUUGUAUCGGUUGAAAUUGUGAUUAUAUUUUUUUAGCUGUAUUGUUGAAAAAAAGUUAAAUCCUCUAUGAGGAGAUCCUGGCUAUGAAUAUAUUAGUAUGUACUGUGUAUGUGCUCCGCUCUUGCCAUAUCAUCAUCAGUGUCAUUAGCGUGAUUAUCACUCUUAGAAGGUUUAUUUACCUUAAGGAGCAUGGACGUUCGGGGUUGAAACGCCUAUAGUGGCCUUAUUUCUCAUUAAUGUAAUGUUUUAUUUAGAGCAAAUGAGACUGACAGUCAAGAAAAGCCUUCUUUGAAUUGAAUUUUGUACUGUACAUAUUUUAAUUCCCGAGCAGAUUUGAAUUUUUUGGCCAUAACGCGACACCAGUGAACUAGUCAAAUCUUCUACUUCUUGUUUGCUUUAUCUCGAUUUGUUGUGUCGGAGAUGCCAUAGCAGGUGCCAUGUACUUCUCGCUGUGUUGCUAGACGUGACAGCAAUGCUUGCUUCAUUUGAAUACUGCCUUGAUACCAUUAGUGCCUCUGGAGCCACAGUAGCGACACUCGGUUCUCCAGCAUUGCAGUGUGGAAACCACAGAGCAGCUUGAUGAGAUUCAGGAAGUGACUUUUGACCCGAGUCGUGCCAGAAGCCAUCAGGUCUGAGCGUGGUAUGUUUCUAACAUUCCUUCUGCCCCAUCUUUUUUCCCUCCUAACCUUUUGUCUUAAUUUAUUUUUUAGCAUUAAUUUUAUUUGAAAAUAAGUAUUUGCAAUUAUCUUCUUUUUCUGCAGCAGCUAACUGAGGUGAAAACGUUGCUGUCAUAUGUGGUACAAAUUUGUUUAUUUAUCAUUUGAAAGUUUCUUCUAUUCAUGAUUUAGUUAUGUACAGAAUUCUUAAAAAUGAUAUCAUGAAUCUUCUUUUUUUUUCCUAAUAGAACUGGAUUUUUACGUAUUUUUUUCCCCCUUUCUAACAAAUGUCUAAGAAAGUCGCUGUAAAGAAUUUGCUGGAACAUAUUUUCUGUUGUCUGAAAAAGAAAAAAUGUUGUUUUUAUGUUCUGUAUCACUAGUUUCUUUUUAGUCAUUUUCUUAACGCAGUUUUCUUAGGUAAAUAUGGUUAUUGUCUCAAAAGCUUAUCUUUUGUAUUAUAUUUGUUUGCAAUAAAAGGAAAAAUGCAGAAAUAGCUUGUUGCUCUACUUGAUUUUAUUUCAUGUUUUUUCCGUUCAGCAGAUUCUAUAUUUUAACUUAAAAAAUAUUUAUCAUAUGACUCUAUUGGCAACAUCCUGCUUUAGUACAGUUUUACUGAGAUCAUGAGGUCGGCUGUUUUCUACAGACUAUUGACAAGAUGUAUGUCCACACCCCCUCCCCGUCACCCGUAAACACGACCGCUUAAAGAAACAAGCAAGACCCUGAAUAUUGUUUAUUCAUUACUGGCCAAGUAAUAUAAGAAUUGAGCGGACCUUAAUAAAUCAGGGACAAUGUAAACACAAUCAGGUACUGCAGCUACGUGUUGAAAUUCGAGGCCCAUUCACAGACGACGCUUCUUUCCUCACAUCGACUGGACUUUUAUUUCUCUGCAGCACCUUAUCUCGCCGUGAUGACAUGGAGACUUUACAUAUACUUUUGUGGACAAGUGCCAAAUCAGCUGGAACUAUGCAAUAUACAUUAAAAUCUAUCAAAAAAUUGAA